AUGGCUGUUGCAGCCUCUGCUUCGACUGCUCUCGUUAGAGUUCCCCAGCUUUUCACCUCCACUUCUAAUUGCCGGAAUUUUCCACUUCAUCGCCGGUGGUCUAUCAAGACCGGCAGUGGUAGAAUUUAUGCUUCGGUAUCAGCUGCAACCCCUUUGCCUACUACGCCGGAUGAUCUCGCCGCAUCCAUCGUUUCCAAGGUCAUGCAAACAGAUCGAGGAGUUCUGCUGACGAGAGAUGAACACCAAAAGGUGGCUGAAGUGGCUACUGAAUUGCAAAGGUUUUGUGUUGAUGAGCCUGUAAAAUGCCCACUUAUAUUUGGAGAGUGGGAUGUGCUAUAUUGUUCCAACCCUACAUCACCUGGUGGCGGCUAUCGGAGUUCAAUUGGACGCCUAUUUUUCAAAACCAACGAAAUGAUUCAGGUUGUUGAAGCCCCUGACUCAGUGAGAAACAGAGUAUCCUUUUCUCUCCUAGGGCUCCUAGAAGGAGAGGUUUCAUUGAAGGGGAAACUAACGGCUUUGGACGAAAAAUGGAUUCAAGUAGUGUUCGAGCCACCUGAACUCAAGGUUGGAGGACUGGAGUUCACAUAUGGUGGGGAGAGUGAAGUGAAGCUAGAGAUUACAUACAUAGAUGAGAAGAUCAGACUGGGAAAAGGUUCUAGAGGUUCUCUCUUUGUUUUUCAGAGACGCAAACAAAUCUCAUGA